CGAAUUUCAAAAUUGGCGCCACUUUUAGUGACUGUCAUCCCCGCGCGCACGCGCCCCGUCUGUCAGUUGCGGAUGUCAAAACGCGUUAUGAUUUGCUGUCAAAUCAGCUGUGUACACAAUUUUCGAAAAAACACGCCUUAAAUCGUGUUUGCUGUGUUAAACCCUAUCGUAUAACCCCAAAGACUGUUAUUUACCGAUAAAAUGUCUCGUUUUCCGCACGCAUGACUUUCGUCAUCGAGUUUAACCGUCGACCUCGGUCUAACCACUCUAACCCUGAAAAGCCACAAAAUAAAGAUGUGUGAAUCACUCUAAGUCCCUAUUAUGCUGCUCUUUGCGCUGUUCGAGGAUGGUGCCUCGACGCCCAGCCCCCGACGCCUGGUUGUCUGUCGUCAUGGCAACGUGAGGAGAUAGCGCCGAGAUGGAAUGGUGAUGGGCAAACGGGAGAUGGACAGACCAGCAGUCGAAGAUAUUGAAAUUAAUUGUGAUAUUAACGCCAGUCCUGAUGAUGAUAAUACCUGCCAGUUUCUCAAGUGCAACGUGGGUAAAGACAGGCCGAUUUACCUGGAGACGAUCGACGUGGAGGAGCCGGGGGACGAAGUGGUGAACACCCACAGUGUGCUGAAGAGGACCAACAAUGUCAGUCCGACGGGGGAUAGGAUUUUUGCCAACCAGAACGAGGAUGGGUCGUGGCUGCUCCGGUGGGAUGUGGCGAGGCAGACGGAGGGCGAUUUCGUCGCGUUGUGCUAUCAAGAUAGCACAAGCGCAGAGGAGUGCCUGGCCAGGCAGAAGGUCACCGGCCCAGAAACCAGCACGAUGUGGCUUCUAGAUAUUCCUUCCCAUAAUGACUGUGAAAAACUGCUGUGCUUCCGAUACUACGACGGUUCAACUUUAGACUACCUAGCCCAGACGGACUCCCUCAUUAUAAAACACCCCACUGACAAACUUAAAAAGCUGAUAAAAGUGAAACAGAAGCACAAGUGCAAUGGUAUCGAAAACGACGCGUUUCAAGAUGAAUCGGAGAUACCAGCUUUGAAGACCUCGAACUCCCUUGAAGAUCUAAACACGAACAAAGACGAAUUGUUCGCGGGUGUAAAGAAGAAGUCGAUUAACGGUUUAGUGAGAUCGGAAAGUACCAACAUGGGUGGCACUAAGAAAAAAAUCCGGUCGAAAUUGAACCAGAAGUCGCCCAGCAAAGAGUACUAUCAAAUAUGGACUGCUUAUAGUAAUUCGCAAACUACUCAAGAAGGUAGCGCUUGUAGUUUUGAUUUUGACGAGCAGAUGGCGCCUCCGCUGCCACCGCGAACUUCGCACAGGCCGCUGGAGAGGACGCACGCUCUCAACGCCGCUUUAGUGUCACCUCCGGAAGUCCUUCGCCAGAACAAACCGAAAAAGAUCCAAAAGCCCGAAGACACUUUCAAUUUCGAGUUGAUCGAUACCGACGAGGACUACAAGACGUCUUCGCCGGCGUCUUCAGCGAGCGACGUCGACAUGGCGCUAUCCACCCACAAAAUCAAGGCUGCUUUUCUAGAAAACGGCAAAAAACUAAUAGGAAGUGAUAACUACAUAACCACCGUAUUAUCGAAGAAUUUAGAUACAAUUUCUAGUCCAAUCGCAAAUGCUCAUUUAAAUUUAGAACCUAAGGAUAGUCAAAGUUCGCAAUCUACUCAAAGUAGUAGUUCACUAGACGCCGUAGACGGCGAACCCAGCUCAGACCUACCCCUCAAGCCGCACAAACCUCUAACUCGUCAGCCCGAAGAAGCCUGCGCCGAAGUCCCGCAGACCCCCGUCCACAAGGCUAGGCCCCAUCCCAAAGCGUUAGAUCGCGUCGCCGGAUUGGCCGGCACGCUCCCGGUUUGCCCGCCCACGCCGACCCAUAGGUCGCGGAAGCCGCGCAACGCCGAUUUGCGACCGCCCACGCUCAAAUCGAGCGAGCCGCAGGAGGCGGCGGCGGUGCUUGAAGUGAAACAGGCGGAUAUUAGACCUCUGGAGAGCCUGGAUGGGUGGAGCGAGUGUAACGGAAACGGCGACGGCAAGCCGGCCAAGGACAACCCCAGGCUGAGUCUGAUCGCUUUGUCGGAGUUGAGGAACGUGGAUAGGAGGAGUCCGGAGGUGAGAAGUCAGGAUUUGGUGAGGGCGGAGGCGAGCGGAGGGGUGCCGCUGCCGCUGCAUAGGCUGAGCACGACGCGGUUACCUUCGAUUCCGGAGAGGAGUCACCGGAUUUUGACGGUGUCGGAGAUCCCGGGGGAGCUGGAGGAGCCGCUACCGCCGUCAUGGGAGGCCAGGAUGGAUAGUCACGGACGGGUGUUCUACAUCGACCAUGCUACCAGGACCACCUCGUGGACUCGUCCAGGUGGUAACACUAGUUCGGUUCUUAGUAGCGGAGGUGCGGAACAACAUCGUAGACAACUGGACCGGAGGUACCAAAGCAUAAGAAGAACGAUCAGUUCGAAUCGAUUGGACGUGUUGGAUUUUUCUGCGGCGCCCCCUGGCUGUAGACUUCUAACUAGGCCUGAUUUUUUUACUAUUUUACACAUGAAUCAGGAUGCCUUAGCUUUGUAUAAUCGUAACCCUACACUUAAACACAUGAUCGUGAAAAUCCGACUCGACCCGGCUGUUUUCGACAAGUACCAACAUAACAAGGAACUAGUUGCCUUAGUCAACAUCUUUGCUGACACUACCCUCGAUUUGCCUGAAGGAUGGGAUACUAAGAAAGAUCGAAACGCGAAGCAAUUCUUCAUUGACCACACUCACAAGAAAACCACCUACAUGGAUCCAAGAGUACCAACCGAACCCUUGUCGUACUCGCGGCGAUUUUUAGACGACGGACAGGCUCCAAUUCCACCUCCAAGACCCACGACCACCACGAGUUUCGUUUCUGCAGUCAGCGUACCUGAAGUACCGGUGGCUUAUAAUGAUAAAGUGGUGGCGUUUUUGAGACAACCUAAUAUUUUUGAUAUCUUACGUGAGAGGCAUCAUCCGAUUGGGACUUCUUUGGCUCUGAGGGAUAAAGUGAACGCGGUGAGGGUGGAAGGGACGAUGGCUUUGGAUAGGCUGAGUCAUGACGUACAUCUAACCAUACUUUUAAGCCUCUUCGAACAGGAGAUUAUGUCAUAUGUCCCGGCAGUGGACAGUCGUUCCUCCAGCACAACCCGGAGCCCCAGAGGCUCCCCACAGCCGUCCCCCAUCGCCUCCCCCGGUUUGAGCAGACACCGCGUCCCCGCCCCGCACAAACGAGAUUUCGAAGCCAAACUGCGUAACUUCUACCGGAAGCUAGAAAGCAAAGGAUAUGGACAAGGUCCUGGCAAGUUCAAGUUGCACAUAAGGCGGGAACACCUCCUGGAGGACGCCUUCAGGAGGAUCAUGUCCGCGAACAAGAAGGAGCUGCAAAAGGGGAAGUUGUGCGUGGUGUGGGACAACGAGGAAGGUCUGGACUACGGGGGGCCGUCGAGGGAGUUCUUCUUUUUGUUGUCGAGGGAGUUGUUCAACCCCUACUAUGGACUUUUCGAAUAUUCAGCCAAUGAUACUUACACUGUGCAGAUCUCGCCGAUGUCGGCCUUUGUGGAUAAUUAUCACGACUGGUUUAGGUUUAGCGGUAGGGUUUUGGGGCUAGCCCUCGUCCACCAGUACCUUCUAGACGCCUUUUUCACGCGUCCUUUCUACAAGGCCUUACUUCGCCUUCCCGUAGCCCUUUCAGACCUCGAAAGUUUGGAUUUCGAGUUCCACCAAUCCCUCCAGUGGAUCAGAGAACACGACGUGUCCAUGCAAGGCGAACUGGAACUGACGUUCGCCGUGACUGAAGAAGUCUUCGGUCAGGUGCUCGAGCGUGAACUUAAACCAGGGGGUCGAAACGUCCCCGUUACGGAAAAAAAUAAAAAAGAAUAUUUAGAGAGGAUAGUCAGGUGGAGGUUGGAACGCGGCGUUUCCGAACAAACCGAAUCUCUCGUUAGAGGCUUCUAUGAAGUCGUUGAUCCAAGACUGGUUAGCGUUUUUGACGCUAGAGAAUUAGAAUUAGUGAUCGCGGGCACUGCGGAAAUCGACUUGGGGGAUUGGAGGCACAAUACGGAGUACCGCGGGGGGUACCACGACCAACACCCCGUAGUAGUGUGGUUCUGGCAAGCGAUUGAACGGUUUACGAACGAGCAGCGCUUGCGCCUUUUGCAGUUCGUGACGGGCACUUCGAGUAUCCCGUUCGAGGGCUUCUCGGCGCUGCGGGGCUCCAUCGGGCCGCGCAAGUUCUGCAUCGAGAAGUGGGGCAAGCCGAACAGUCUUCCACGGGCUCACACUUGUUUCAAUCGGCUGGAUCUGCCGCCGUAUCCGACGUCGGAGGUUUUGUACGAAAAGUUGCUGUUGGCGGUGGAGGAGACGAACACUUUCGGGAUCGAAUAAGCGAGUCCUGUCGGGCGUUACUUAAGGAUUUGUUGGUUCCUUUGCGCGUUAGAGCCAGUAUUUGAGUUUGCUGUUAGCGAUAAGCUGGUGUAUUCAUGCAACUAUUUUACUUACCAAAUAAUUUGUACAUUUUUCUAUGUAUAUAAUAUUUAUUUGUUAAUAAGUUCAGUAAAGUUCGUAUGUAGAGACUAAGUUCGUUGGGUUUCCUUUAGUCAUUUUUUAUUAGUGGUCAAAUUCUGUUUUAUUUAUCUAUUUAUUGACGAAUUUUAACAUGUGUUAGAUCUUUGCUAGUUACCAGAAGAUAAUUUUCAUGCAUCUGAAUUAUGAAUUUGUGAUUUGUUUAAUUCUAGUCAGUUAUGUUUUUGGUUCGUAUGAUGCACAUGAUGUGUUUAUGUUAAGAUUUAAAUAUGCCAACGUUUUAGAUUAAUAUUGUUUGUGUAUUUGUAUGAUUAGAUGAGCUAAAUUCGUUUGUAACAUUCCAAUGAAAUACAUAUUUGUUA